CCCGUUUCUCAUUGUAAGAGUAGACGUCCAGACAAGCAGUUGUGUUGGACGGUUCGGUCCACUGCAGCAUGGGAAAGGUUAUCAGCGAGUGUUGGGGAAUCCCCACGGUAUUACUGGUGCUGUUUACAUUGCUCCGACCUGCUACAGUUGAGUCGUCAACCUGUGGAGUGCGUCGCCUUUCACCGAUGGGACUCGUGACGAAAGGUAUCAAGGCAGAGCGUGGCGACUGGCCCUGGCAUGCGGCCCUAUUUGCACGUGGAAAGACGACGGCUAGGCCCGAUUACAAGUGCGGUGGAUCUAUUAUCAGUGAGAACUUCAUUCUAUCUGCUGCUCACUGCAUACAGGAACCGAACCCGGAACGAUACUUCGUGAAGGUUGGCUUGUACCAGCUGUACAACGACACCGAUCCGAAUGUAGAAAUUUACAACCUGUUCGAAAUCAUCCUGCACCCCAAGUACGAUAGUCGCAAGUUCUACAACGAUAUCGCCCUGAUGCGUCCCGAUCGGGCGAUCUCGUUCGAGACGUUCGUCAUCUUCCCGAUCUGUCUGUGGCCGGCGCACAACCCAACGCUUAUCGAUGUGCUCAGCCAGUCGGGUAUUGCCGUUGGCUUUGGGUUCGACGAGUCGCACCGCAUCAGCGAAACGCUUCAGCAAGCGUCGAUGAGGGUGAUCGAGAAGCAGAAGUGUAUCGAGCAGCUGCCCGAGCACGUUCGCUUUCUGCCACAGGACGUGGGUAAACUGUGUGCCAUCGGUACCGAAACCGGUGCUAACGUGUGCUCCGGGGACAGUGGUGGCGGGUUGUACUUCGCCAAGGAUCAGGUGUGGUAUCUGCGUGGGAUUGUGAGUGCGGCCGCCCGGAUGGAUCUCGAUAAUGGGGAGUCGUCGUGUAAUGCGGCACUGCCGGCCACUUACACCGAUGUCGCUCAGUACGCCAGCUGGAUCAAAGCUCAUCAGCGAAUGGUUGACCAGAGGAAUUUGCUUAAGCUGCAAGAUUGUGGUAAGGCAAACAACGCGGAGAUACGGGACGAGAUGCAGAAGCCCGUAUUCAAUCAAUAUCCUUGGAAUGUGCUGCUGGAAUUCCGGCAGCUAGAUAAGGCACAGAUCCAUCUGGUUUGCAGCGGGGUGCUCGUGCAUCCACGGUAUGUGCUCACCGUUGGGCAUUGUAUCGAUGGGAUCUUCGGUAACUAUAAGCUCAAAUCGGUUCGCCUCGGAGAGCACAACAUUCGUACGCUGGAGGACUCCGAAGCCGGUGUGACCACCACGACCCAAUCGGUUGAUAUCGAGCAGGUCCUCUUCCAUCCCAGCUACAACCAACCGCUCUACAGCAACAAUCUGGCUCUGUUGAAGCUAAAGCAUAACGCAGAUACAGCGAAGCCAAACGUUAAACCCAUCUGUCUACCCAGCAUUGAUGAUUACAAAGAGUCCUGCCUAACGCUAAGCGGCUGGAAGCGUAACAAAUACCUCUUCCCGAAGCUGGAACGUGACGCAAUGAAUCUGUCCUCGGUAGUUAACUGCCGCAAAGACUAUGAAAAGCUCGGUAUCCAUCUGCCAGCGACGGAAGAUGUGCUGUGCGGAGUGUAUAAAGAACGUCCGGCGGGUCACUGUCACAAUUACGCCACGGGAUCUCCACUGCAGUACCUCAAGCGGGUUGAUAAUGUACCACGCUACUUCUUGGCGGGGAUGAUGAUGUUCAACUUCCCGUACUGUCGUGCGAAUGGCAGCGAAAUGUUUGUAAAUUUAGACAGUGCGAGCGAGUGGAUAAAGGACACGGUGAAGUGAGCGUGCGGCACACGAAGAGGCUUUCAUUUCAGGGGCCCAACGAAUCAUUUAAGGGAUCUAGUUUAUGGUUGAAAUCAUUAUUGGUUAGUAAAAUGAGAAAAAAAGUUAAAAAUUCAUACUUGCAAACAAUUUGAAUCUGUGUCUCUUCUCAUCGAGUAGUUAGUUUUCAUAAUUCAUAAUAAAACGCUUCAUACAUUAUUCUUUUGAAUGGUA